UGGCUUAUCCUUCACGCCACUCUCUAAAUCCCUCUCGCUCUCCUCCCCCUUUGCGACGAUCGUCCUUUCCCACUGUCGAGUUUUUCUCUCUCUCCGGGUACGACUUUUUCUCUCUGUUUCUCAUCCUACGCCGCGAUGUUGUGGAUGGUGAUUUUGUGUGUUCCGAUCUAGUCUUAGGUUUUCCUUUUUUAAUUCCUGAAAUGGGUUUUUGAUUUUCUGUCUCUUUCUUGUGAUUCUCCGAUUCAUUUUUUAGGGUUUUACUAGAGUUUUUAUUUAUUGUAGUGUGGUUUCUAGUUGGUCGGGUAGUUCAAUUUUCUUCUUUUUGGUUUGUUUCAAUGUCUCAAUAGCAGGCUUUACGUUGCACACCAGAUGUCUGUUGAUCUCUGCAAGAAGAAUCCAUCUUUUCUUUGGUGUGACUGUGGUUAUAUGAGCAGGGGGAGGUUGUGGUGUUUUCAGAUAAUCCUCUUCAGGCACUGGACUUGACUUGUCUUCAACUCGUCGACUUCUCUCUUCUUUUCUUUUUUUCUGUUUACUUUGAUCAAAGGGUUUUCGUUUCUGUUGCUCCUGUUUACUGUGAAUUUGAAGACUAAGUUUUCUGUGCAAAACUCUCACUUUACUGGUGAGGAGUUUACGGAAGAUUGUUCAAAGUUUUCCCCUUUGGAUUCGCCAAUGGGGAAAACUCAACUCGCUCCUGGAUUUCGUUUCCAUCCGACUGAUGUUGAACUCGUGAGAUAUUACUUGAAGAGGAAAGUACUGGGGAAAAAGCUCCUUGUUGAUGCUAUUGCUGAAGUUGACAUUUACAAGUUUGAACCCCCUGAUUUGCCUGAUAUGUCCUUUAUAAGAAGUGGGGAUCUUAAGUGGCACUUCUUCUGCCCGAGGGAAAAGAAGUAUGCCAGUGGGGUUAGGGCAAACCGUGCAACUGAGUGUGGUUACUGGAAGACCACAGGGAAGGAGAGACCCGUUCUGUGCAAUUCUGAAGUUGUGGGAAAGAUCAAAACUCUGGUUUAUCACUUUGGUAAGUCGCCUCGUGGGGAGCGGACUGAUUGGGUUAUGCAUGAAUAUAGGCUUGAAGACAAGGUACUGACGCAGAUGAAUGUUCCUCAGGAUACUUAUGUGGUGUGUGUUCUGUUCAAGAAAGAUGGCCCUGGACCUAGAAAUGGAGCUCAAUAUGGAGCUCCAUUUAGGGAAGAGGACUGGAGUGAUGAGGAAGUACGUACUGAUGUUCCUUCUACUAGUAAUCCCACAAACCUUCUUGAGCCUAGCAAAGAAACCACUCUGGCUUUGACUGCCCCAGAUGACUCCAAUAAGGAUUGUUUUGGUGGCAUGAUAUCAGAAUCAUGCGUCUCCGAUUUCCUACCAGCUACAACUAAUACCACCAGCAAGCUUCCACAUCCAAGUGAUGCAGCUAACACUCCUAUGUCUACUGCACCUCUGGCAGAGACCCUUCAGACCCCCAACAAUGAUGACUUAUAUUCAAUGUUGGAUCUAUUUGAUGAUGACGAAGAAUUCUUAGGGUUCAACAAUAAUGAGGUAAGACAUGAUCCCGGUGUCUCAGCUCCAGUUUGCUUAGAAGAAGAAGGCAUUUUCAACGGAUUACCAGAGUUGAGCAACAUGCCAAGGACGGCCUCUUACGACCUAAUUGAAAACUCGGAGUUAUACCUAGAGCUACAAGAUCUCACUGCUCCAUUAAAUCCUCAUAUUGGGCUACAAGACCUAAGUGCUCCAUUGAAUCCUCAAACUGGGAUGCAAGACCUCACUGCCCCAUUAUAUCCUCCAACUGGGAAUCUCAAUGACCCGAGAAGCUCCUCCUAUCUGUAUAAUCAAGGCCACUUUGACUUCUCUGCUGCUAAUGAUGAUGAUCCUUAUGGCUUUUCUGCUUCCGUGGGACAUAGACCAAAAAUGUAAAACGAGGAAGAGAAGAGUUGCAGGAUUUACAAAACAACAACAGAUGCAAAUCAGACAGAAAAGAAGGAGGAGAACCAUUGUUUCUUGUCUUUGAAUUUAUUAGUUACAUCUUUUAAUUUGUCGAAACUUCCCUAUCAACUUUCUCUGUUUCAUCCUUAGAUUCUCGUACUUGUUUGAAAUAUUCUCAACAUUUAUUCUUGUCUCUAUUUUGCUAUGAAUUAUGUAUAUAUUGGCUUCCGACUCA